AUGGCUCCCGAGCAGCUCAAGAAGCCGCCGCAGGCCCCGCCGCUGUUCGUCGCUACCCCAACCUCAAUCAUAGAAGACACGAAGCGCAUGAUUGCCAACUCCCGCAAAGUGCAAGAUGGCGUCGCCAGCAGCGUGACGCCGGAGACGGCAACUUUCAGCACCGCCCUGCUCCCGCUUGCGCGCGACGAGAAUGCCAUGACGCUGGAAGCACAUAUCCUGGGGUUCUACCAAGCUGUCUCGACAGACCAGAAGCUGCGGGAUGCGUCGAGCGAAGCCGAGAAGCUCAUGGAUGACUUUGGCAUCGAGACUGCCAUGCGAGAGGACUUGUUUCAGCUGGUGGAUGCUGCGGUGAAGAAGAAUGAGACUCUAGAUCCGGAGUCGCAGCGUCUGCUGGAGAAGGAGCACAAGGACUAUAUCCGUAAUGGACUGGGGUUGCCAGCAGGACCCAAGCGAGACCGGUUUAAGGAGAUCAAAAAGCGGCUGAGUCAGCUGAGUAUUCAGUUCCAAAAGACCCUGAAUGAGGAGAAUGGGGGUAUCUGGUUUACGCCCGAGGAGCUAGAUGGUGUUCCGGAGGAUGUGAUCUCUGGGCUUGAGAAAGGCAAGGGUGAGAAUGAGGGGAAAUUGCGUUUGACGUUUAAAUAUCCCGAUCUCUUGCCCACACUGAAAUAUGCUACGAAUGCGGAGACUCGCAAGCGCCUGACUAUUGGGAAUGAGAACAAGUGUAAUCAAAAUGUUCCUCUAUUCAAGGAAGCCAUGGUCCUUCGCGAUGAGGCUGCUCGACUGCUGGGAUAUCCCAAUCACGCGGCCUUCCGCAUUGAAGACAAAAUGGCCAAGACACCACAGACAGUUGACAAUUUCCUUGGCGAUCUCCGGUCUAGACUGGCGGCCGGCGGAUCGAAGGAAUUGGAGAAGUUGAAGGGACUUAAGAAAGCAGAUGUGGAGUCGCGCGGAGAGAAGUUUGACGGCCAUUACUUCCUCUGGGAUCACCGAUUCUACGACCGAUUGAUGCUGGAGAAGGAGUACCAGUUGGAUCAUCAGAAGAUUGCGGAGUAUUUCCCUCUGCAAACGACAAUCCGUGGGAUGCUGGAGAUUUUCGAGGAGUUGUUUGGCCUUGUUUUUGUGGAGGUGAAAGGCGAUGAUCGCGCUAGUAUUUCUCCGUCUGGAAAGGGCGAGGAUAUUGUCUGGCACGAGGAGGUGCAGUUGUUUAGUGUCUGGGAUGACGAGGGUCAGGGUGGUGGGUUCGUGGGCUAUUUGUAUCUUGAUUUGCAUCCUCGUGAGGGCAAAUACGGACACGCAGCCAACUUCAACCUCCAGCCGGGCUUCAUUGACUCGAACGGCAACAAGCGAUAUCCAGCCACAGCAUUGGUAUGCAACUUUUCCAAGCCCACAGCGAAAAAGCCCAGUCUUCUCAAACACGACGAGGUGACGACACUCUUCCACGAACUGGGACACGGCAUUCACGAUCUCGUAGCGAAGACGACCUACUCCCGCUUCCACGGCACCAACACGGUGCGCGACUUUGUCGAAGCACCGAGCCAAAUGCUAGAGAACUGGUGCUGGACACCGUCUCAACUCAAGUCGCUGAGUCGGCACUACUCGACGCUCUCGGAGGAGUAUCGGCAGACAUGGGAAGAGUCGAGGGGUACUGCAAACCCGCCUGCAGCACCGGAAAGCAUCCCAGACGAGAUGAUCAACAGUAUUAUUCGCACCAAGCAUGUCAACGAUGCAUUGGCCAAUCUGCGUCAGCUGCACUUUGGCAUUUUCGACAUGACCAUGCACGAGCCGGAGUCGCACGAGGCGAUUGAGAGCGUGAACCCGACAGAAAAGUACAAUUCGCUGCGCAAGGAGAUCUCUCAGAUUGAAGGGCCCGAGGUGCUUGGGCAGGGCAGUGAAUGGGGCAAUGGCCAGGCGACGUUUGGCCAUUUGAUGGGAGGGUAUGAUGCGGGAUACUACGGAUACCUGAGCUCCCAAGUCUACUCGACAGACAUGUUCUACACCGUCUUCAAAUCCAACCCGAUGGACCCUGAGCAGGGCCGGCGAUAUAGGCGCACCGUGCUGGAGAAGGGCGGUAGUCAGGACGAGAUGAAGUCGCUGACGGAGUUUUUGGGCCGCGAGCCGAAGACGGAGGCUUUCUACACGGAUUUGGGUUUAGUUAUACUCAGCGGCAGCGGCAGCGGCAAUAGCAGUAAUCGAAGGCACGAUGGCUCGGGUGGAGGUGCAGAAGCAGCUGGUGAUCACAAGGGCAAGGACCAGGAACAAAAUUUGACGAGCGGUGUGCCACAGGGGAAAAGGGAAGAGACGGAACAAGCGCACUAUACAAUACCGCUGUCGACGCUGGUGCCAGAGGCCAAGCCGAUGGUGGUGCGGCGCGAGGAUGGGUUCGAGAAGAGGGUUUUGUUGAGGUGUGGGCGAUGCAGGGUCGUGGUUGGGUAUGAGAUUGGUGGUGCGCGAAUCGGGACGGAGGAUUUGGGGGACGGUGAGGGGGACAUGGCGGAGAAGAAUGCGGUUUUGAAGGCGAUGGACAGGGAGUGGAUGGAGUGGAUUAAGUGA